UUUAAUAUAGAUCCAAUUUGUACUUGAUACCGUGUCUUAAAGAUUUAGAAUAACAAUUCCACAUCGAAGCUAGAAAAUGUUGUAUUUUGCCGGUUUACUAUUUUAUAUUUUAAAAUCAUAUUUUAAAAGCAAGUACAUAUUUCGUCUAUUGCUUGCAUCAUCUCUGUUAUUGCAACCAAUUCCUGCUUUAGAAGUUAUAUGGGCAGUGAACUGUGGGGGAGAUGAACACACGGACGUUCAUGGAAUACACUACCAGUCCGAUCCGUUAGAAAUAGGACACAAGUCAGACUUCGGCAAAAGCUUAAUGAUACAAAGAGUUGUUCCACAAGACAGAAUCCUAUACCAGACAGAAAGAUACCAUGUCAACACUUUUGGAUAUGAUAUACCCGUUUACCGAGAUGGCGAUUAUGUAAUUGUAUUAAAAUUUAGUGAAGUUUGGUUUGCUGCUCCAAAUCAAAAAGUUUUUGAUGUUGUCUUGAAUGGUGAGCACACUGUUGUAAGUGAACUAGAUAUCUUUGCAAGAGUUGGUAGAGGAGCAGCACAUGAUGAGAUCAUCCCAUUCUCUAUAAGGGCUGGCAAGCUUAGAGUUAAUGGAGAGACAUCACAAGUUGAUGGAAACAAAAUUUCUAUUGAAUUCAUUAAGGGUGAUUUGGAUAACCCAAAAGUCAAUGCAAUUUAUGUCAUCAAGGGGACUGUAGAUGAUGUUCCAAAGCUUCCCCCGAUGCCUGGUGUGGAUGUUCCAGAAGAGGAGGAAGAAGAAGAUGAAGAAUCUCAGACUAUAAAGCCACAGAAAUCAAGGAAACCAUCUGGCCCAAAAAUCAAAGAUCCUUAUGCUGCUGAUGAUACCAGUGCAAUGCUGUUACCUGUCUUUGUAGCUAUUGGAGCAUUCAUUCCAUUACUCUAUUGCUUAUGUAAAUUAUAAAGUGUUGUUUUUUUUUAAGUUUUAAAGUAAUUAAUAAGGAAAAAAUGAUAGUACUCUCUCUUAAUGUUAUCUGAUUACACAACAUUUGCUAUUAACAUCUUUGUUCAUUCUGCAAACAUAUUUUUCUCUUUAUAGUGUGUUAGUGUGCGUUUGAUUAGGGAUGCCUCCUCUUUUUGGCAUUGUAUUAAUAUGACAUUAUAAACACAGGUAUGAAAUAUAUGAAAGAAAAAGAAUUCUGUGAUUCCUAGUGUUUCAUCUGAUGUUAUAUUGAGUGAAUUUUUUAUUUAAAUUACAUUUUAUCUCUUUGUUUCUUUUUUCCAUAUGGUAUCUGUUUAUUGGGUUGAAUUUUUUUUUUCCAAGAUAGUCUACAUGUUUAUUUUGUUAAGUUAAAAAAUAUUUUCAUUAAAUGUUCUAGAUAUUUUAAAUGUUUAAAAUGGUCUAGCAGUCACCUUUUCUAUGGACAUAAUUUGCCACUGAAGCCAAAGGUUUUAAUGUAGGCUUAUAUUCUUCACUACUCUAUAAAUUAAUAAAAAGCCAUGAGAUAUAAUUGCUCAGUAACAUUUAAUUAGCUUCUUUUAUUUUCCUGCACUCACUACUUCCUGUUUGAAUUAAUGUCGAAAUAUUUAUAAUGUUUAUACUUGAAGCCAUAGUGUGAUUUGAAAAUAUUUUGUGUCAUCAGUGUAUUUUAUUUGUAACAUUUUAACCAUACUAGUAACAUUCCUAAACAAUGUCAUAAGUGUUACUUGUGAAUGUAUUUUUGAGCAGUUGUUUACGAGUAUUAUUGUUUUUGAUUAAUGAGAAUCACUACUGUUGUUUUGUUGAAAAAACAAUUUUUACAAGUGUUAGCGUUAUUGUACACAUUGACCUGCGCAAUAAUCUAUAUUUGCCAUAACUCUAUUGCCAUAAGUCCACUCCGAAAGGAGAAGAGAUACGAAAUAAUAGCAUAAUUUAUUAUAUCUUUAUUAUAUAACAAGAUAAAAUUUGACUAGAACUAGAACUCUUUAAUUAUUUAGACUUGUGUAGUUUUUUCAGAAUUCAAUAAUGUCUAUUAGCUACUAAUCAGUUUGUGGAGUAAGUAUUAUUGAAGUAAUUGAACAGAUGUAGUUGGUACUAUUAAAAAAAAACCUGUUCUACUGCUGUAUGUGAAUUCUAAUUAUUUCUUUAUCAUCACCGACCCAUCGUUUUCUUGGUCUUCCAGGUGCCUUGUGGUCAGAUAUCUUAAUACUGUUAUCCCUUGCUGCUGUUGUGUAGUGUUCCCUCCCAUCUAGGGUUGUUAAAUUGUUCCUUGUAUCUUGUCAUUGUCAAAUUCUGUUGUAUGUUUCUUUUCAUAGGGGCAUGACAUGGCCUAAAUUGUGCUGAUGUGCCAAAGACCCUAAAUAUCAAAUUCUUUCCAUAGUAGCAAGUUAAUAUUCUAUUAUCUGGGGAGGUUGUAGAUGUAUGUUAUACUUGAUAAAUAUAUUUUCUGUUCUUAGUUCUUUAGAAAUUGUGCCCUCAUCCUAAUGGUACUUUGAAAGUCAAUGCUAGCUGGUUAGCAAUAUAUAUAUAGGAUAUACUUACAACACAUUGUGGCUUGAACACUAAACUAAUACCGGUAACAAGAAAUUGUAAAAAAUAUUUUCCACAGUCAAAUCAAAUCUUAAUGGUUUUAAGAUCCAUAACACCUCUCUUCAGUAAAGUUUUGAAAUGCUACUUUUUUUUAAUCUUUUUUUUUUAAUCUAUUUUUUUUCCAGGUACAUUUUUUUCAUUGGCUUUUUUUGUUUCUUUUUUUAUAUUUUCCCCUUUGUAUUUGUUAAAUUGCUUCUUUUUUUUUCUUCCAAUAAAUGCUUUUCUAAAAAAAAAAAAAAAUUGGUAUAUUUAAAAAUAUUUUAUAGCAAACAUUUGUUUAAACAUGUUUCUUUAGAAAUACCAUAGGUGUGUUGUUAACUACGAAAAAAAAAAAUGCCAUUGUGAUAUCUUAGUGUAUUACUCAACCAUCUAAAAUUGUUGACAUUUUCAGAUUUUGUUUCUUGAUUUACCUAUAGUUUGUACUUCUGUAUUGAGUUCUUGUGUUAAUUACUUAAUAUUACCUACAAUAGCAGUGAGGGGUAGUGUCACAUUGCAUGCGACUUACUGAUUUAAUCUGAAUUGCAUUUUAUUUCUUGUCAACUAUAAAAGUAUACAUCAUGCUCAAUGAUUAAGCCUAAACUAUCUCAAGUACUAAUUUUGCGUCUGUACAGCUGAUUAUCCAGUUGCUGAUGAAUACUUAUAGCUCUCCCCCUUUUGACCUCUUAGUUCAAAUUAUUACUUUUUGCUUGAAACUGGUUCUGGUAUUUCAUUUUCAACAUAAUUUGAUUUUAUCAAUAUCAUUAUUACUCUUAGUUUUACGAGUCCGUGAUAGUAGAAUAAUGGUUUAUUGGUUAAAACAGUUUUAUUGCUGGGCUUUAACUUUUUCUCUCCGCAAUUAUUUACCACAUUCUGGUGGAAUCAACGCUAGUAUCGUCAGUUAGGAGAGAAAAGUUAAUUCAGUUGUUUAAAAAGCAUUAAUGACUGAUGAAAAUUAAACAAAUUUCCUUUUAAAAUUGUAUGGGUUCAUCAAUGUCCUUUGUAAACAUAUUAGGCUAACAUGUAUCAAAUUGUUAAUUACAAAGUUCAUCUUGAAGCAUUUCUGAUGACAGUAUGAUCAAAACCAAAGUUGUUUUGAUAUAAAACUUCUUGUAUUUAGUAACAAGUGUUGUUGUACCAAGUUUCUACAACAAUCAAAAUCAUCACUCAUAAUUAAGAAUGCAGAAGCUCCAUUUUAUGAGACUAAGUUAUUUGGUGUGAUUAGAAAAUCAAGAAAUCACAAAAUAAAUAACUUUUGGCAAAUUUGUAAGAGAAAAUGAUAAAAGGGCAAGUUGCAUUAGUUUUGCAAUAACUGGUCUAAAUCAUUUUUUGUUACCAUAUCAUCUCUUCGUUUCUUGAACAUUUUGUACAACAUUGUUUCAGUUCACUUAGGUCUCUGUAGAGUUCACUUGUUUUUUUUUUCAGUAUUACCAACUUGCCUUUUUGUGCAAAAGUUAAAGGACUUGGGUCAAACAAAAUAGGGUUAAUUAUCUAUUUUGAAUUGUGUAUACUGUGCAUUAAAUUAUUUAAUAAAACUAUUUUGUCUGAAAACAUU